UUAAAAUCUUCCAGAACAACUGAGCAAGAAUAUCUAUGAAGGAUAGAGUAGAUAAGAGUGGGGAGUGAGAAAGAAUAUUGAGGUGUGGUGUCAUGAUGGCUUCUUCACUCACAUCCAAACAAAAUUUUCAGUGCCAAUUCCCAUCUCUCUCUCUUCAUCAACCAAACACACAGUUACAUCUGAGAUCAUGCAUUCCAAAUUUUCCUUCAUCAGUAGGAGGUUUUUCUCAUUUGAAACUUAAACUCAAGCAUAGGAUUUCAAGAGCCUCUUCUGAAGAUUUACCUCCAGAAUUGACUGAUGAGGAUUCCAAAUUUGUUCCUUUAGCUUCAGAGGAUUCAAAUUAUGGCCCCCCUGCUUUGUUGUUGCUAGGUUUUGAAGUUGAAGAAGCAGCAAAGAUACAACUAUUUCUGAAGGAGCUGGAUGGCGAAUUUCUUGAGGUGAUUUUUUGCACUGAAGACAUGAUAAGUCGUUCGCUCUGGGAAGCGGUGAACACCAGACAAUCGAAUCUGGAAACACUGAAGAUUGCAACAUCAGUUCCGCGAAUUUGCUUCCUAUCUGGUCUUACCGGGGAGGAGAUGAUGAUGUUCAUAGAUGCCUUCCCAGAAAGUGGUUUGGAACCUCCUGUGUUUGCGGCCCUCGUCCCAUAUAGCGCCAACAAACCUUUAACAGAGUUGAUAGAUGAGAUCAUGGGAGACCAUGAAUUGCUAUCUGCGCGACAAACAAGCUAGACAGCGGGCGCAACGGGCAUGGGCGCUGGGACAACUGGUGGAAGUUUGAGAUGAGAGUAGGUGCAGUUUUCUUCUUGUGUUUGGUAACAUUAUUCUAUCAUGAUUUGCACACUGGCAUUGCUAGUGCAAUGAUCAUGUCAAUUUUUCCAUCCAUGUAUCUAUAUGCAAUGUAUAUUUAUGAUAGUGCAUAUAAUAUUUUUAAAGUAAUCAA